GUAACGAUCACAUCAGCAUGAUGUUGGCAACUGUUUUCAUUCUAUCGGUUGGUGCACUGGCGUCGGCACAAGUGUUUCAUAAAGUUGAGUUAGCAAAUGAGAAGACACCCUACGACUAUGUGAACGAACGUUUGGAAGCAAUCGGAUCCGAAACAAGUUCUGGAUUCCCUUUAUCUAAUUCGUACGAAGUUGAGGAAAGUGAGGAUUAUCCUGAUAAAUUAGAAGGAGCUGCAUCUACAAUCUUGAACACUGUUAGUGGUGUUGGCGGAGUUGGGGGUGUUGGUGGAAUUGGAUUAGGGCAAGGUUUAGGUUUGGGUGGAAUAGGCCAAUUGGGAGGUGUUGGAAUUGGCCAGGGGUUAGGAAUAGGCAUUGGAGGAGUAGGUCUAGGUGGAGCUGGAGGAGUAGGUCUUGGUGGAGCUGGAGGAGUGGGUCUAGGUGGAGCUGGAGUUGGCGGUGGGGUUGGCCUAAUCAAUCCUGGACUUGGGGGUUUAGGUGGGAUUGGUCUUGGGGGUGGCCUCCUCUAUCAUCCAUUAUUGGGAGCUCAAAUUGGAGGUGGUUAUGUGGACAAAAAGGCUUAUGAUGCAGCACAGAAAAAAGGAGCUGAUGAAAAUGUAGAAAAACUUGAAAAGAAAGUAGAAGAAGAAGCCAAGCAUGGUCAAGAGGGUUUCCAACAAGCCGCAGCAGCUGCAAAGGCAGAAAAGGGAGAAUCUAGUUUUUACAAAGAUGAGGAAGCAAAGAAAAAAGCAGCCGGAGACGAAAAGUAUUACGAGGGAGGACAGAAGGUUGAUAAACAUGGGGCCAAUGAAGAGCAAUUAAAGAAGGCAAAGAGUCAUAAAAAGGGCCACGUAAGCAAGGGCUUUAAAACAUCCAGUAGUAAGAAUGAGGAGGAAAAAACGGAGAGCUUCUACGAUGAAGCUCAUGAUGAAGCAGACCACAAAAUUGCCGGGCAAAAUGCUGGAUCAUUCGGAGAGAAUUCUAAGCAAGGAUUUAAAGGAGCCCACGAGGAGAAAAUCUUGGAUGCUAAUGCACAUGGCAAGGAAGGUCAUCAUGUUUCUGCAGAGAAAAUUGACGACAGCAAAGCAAACAAGGGUGAAUUUCUGCAGAAAGGCUACAAGGGUGGUGCCGAACAGCUGGAGAAAUUCAAUAACCUCGGCGCCCACUCUGUGCAUGGUCACCAAGAGGCAAGUGGAGGAUACCAACAAAACAAAGGAAUCUUGCCUAUCCACCGCCGUUAA